UUGUUCGCGCGCAUUACUUCAUUCUUCUUUCGCGUUCGUAGCUCUCUCCCAAUACACGGGUUCUUCCACUCGCCGACUGCGAGUGCAAGAUAUCGUUUACUUUGUACGAAUUUUUGUUUCUGUAAUCAUGGUUGAAAAAUCUUCUAGUUCGUCAUCUACUCUCGUUGAUCAGCCAGUUGUUCCAGGAGAUGUGGUUCUCGACCUCUCCAACAUGGCCAAUGAAACCAUCAAGCUUGGAGGCGGUCUUCGACAGGACCACGAUGCUAUUUCUGUCUCCAAAGUUGGAAAGCUGAGGUUCACGAAGCCGAACAAAUAUUGGGUUGAAAGCUCACAGAAAAGGUACGUGCCAUGUGUGGAAGAUUGUGUUCUUGGAAUCGUGGUUGACUCUAGAUCCGAUAAUUUUCUUGUUGAUAUUAAAGGUCCGGCAUUGGCCUUUCUUCCUGUUCUUGCAUUUGAAGGAGGAACCAGGCGAAACAUACCCAAAUUUGAGAUGGGUGCCCUGCUUUAUGUGAGGGUAGUGAAGGCAAACCCUGGUAUGAAUCCUGAGUUGGCAUGCACUGAUGCCAGUGGGAAAGCAGCUGGAUUUGGCCUCCUAAAAGAUGGCUACAUGUUUGAAUGUUCAACUGGCUUAUCAAGAAUGCUUCUAAGCUCGCCAACAUGUCCAGUUCUUGAAUCUUUUGGGAAAAAGCUUUCAUUCGAGACAGCAGUUGGUUUGAAUGGCCGAGUUUGGGUGAAUGCUGAUUCUCCAUCCACAACCAUUGUGGUUUCAAAUGCACUAUUGAACUCCGAGACUCUGUCUGGGGUCCAACAGAGAAUCAUGGUGGACAUGCUCCUUAACAAUUUGAAGCUGUCAAGUUAGUCUUGUAAACUUUAGGGUCAGAAUUAUUUGUUUGUUUAAUUACUCUUUUAGUGAUGUAUUAUUUAGACAAAUGUUGCUGUUUAAUUUGGCCAUCUUAAGGAAGGUGGAGGUC